GUUACAGUUUAUUACCCAGUCAGCGAGCGGGGAGGGGCACAUGUAGAUAUACACGAGCAGACCCUGGAUGUACAUCUGUGUAGGAAGGAGACCUCUGACUGUUGAUGUCAAAAUGAACAUCCUCAUCCUUGGAAUGUUAAUAGCAGUUGCAGCCUCAUUGCCGGUGAAAAGAAACUCGGAACCCCUGCUUAUCUCAACGUUUGAUUGGAACCAUGACGGCAUCUUGGAUCGGCGCGAGAUGAGGAUUGUGUCUGCGAUCAUGUCGGCCAUCUUUGCAACUCCAAGACGUCGUAUCCGAUGGAAGAUGAGGCGGGCGGACAGAAACCACGAUGGAGUAUUGUCUGCUGGAGAAUUCAACAACAUGAUCGAAUCAAACUUUGGGAAAUAGUUUUAGGGAUGGCGAAUGUCGACACUUGCAGUUGUCAUAUAAAAACAAUUUAAUGAAAUAAUAAACUAUUGCUUUUUUAA